AUGGGCAGCUCGGCGCUGCAAACCGGGACGCUGAGCAAGGAUGACUGCUACGCGGUCGCCAUGAAGUUUGAAUGUUCUCCUCGUGUCGUCAAGGACCGCUUCGACAAACGAGGCUCGCCGCGCAAGAAGAGGGGCCGUCCGCGCCCCAACAUCGGCGAGCUAGCGGACAAGCUCACCGAGGCUACGGCCGGCGAUCCCGUCAUCGAGUACAACUUCGCGGAUAUCGCUCACACGGUGAAGAUGAAACCCCGUACGUACCGCCGAUACCACGACGAGGUCAUGCUGGAGCUGAUGCUGCGCAACGCGCCCGCCAAAGGCACUUGGGGCCGCACGGUCUUGCUACUCAAGCUUCUGAUGCAGCUUAUUGACGGCACGACCGACUCCAUGUUCAUCUCGGCCUGCUACUUCAGCCACAUGGAGAUAGUGCGGCGCAUCGUGUACGCGUACACUUACUGGAGAACAACGUCGAAGUCUACGUCUCUCUCGAUUCUGCGAUGGAGCACUCGAAGAUGUGGAUUUUGGAUGGUCGCAUCAUAA